GAGAGAGAGGGUUAAUCCAGAGUGGAGGAGGAGGAGAGGUGGAGCUGGGAAAGCACCAGAAGCGACAGACGAAGCUCACAUCUGAGCCGAGCGCAGUCAAGAGACGGAGGCAGCAGCGACUGACACACACACCUGCACACACACAGCAACAUCUGUGAGGGAGCAGCGAGGAGCGCGCUCAGUGCGGCCAGAGACAGCGCAGGGCAGCAGCAGAGCGGCGUGGUGGACGAGUGUGGAGCAGACGGGAUGCCGACCUCACUGAGAGUCUGAUCCCAGGAUCAAACUGAGGCGCUCUGAGCUCGCCAUCGUCACAGCAGCAGAGACUGAGUGCGGAAAGGAAACUCCCGGAGCGAGCAGAGCUGAAGAAGGACGCCCACGGAGCAGAUAUGGGAUGAAAGGAGGAGACAGGAAGUGAUUUCUGACUUUUCUGUGUGAUAAAUGGGACGACAGGGACAGGUGUUCUGACAUCGCAGCACACCUGGAUCACUGACAGAGGGAGUCUGUGCUGGGACGCCUCCACCUCACAUAACCCAUUUAGGCAUCUCCUCUCCUGGCGUCUGCCGGGUUGGCAGGUGGACAACAUUAACCGAGUUAGACCAAACAAACAGCCUGGAGGCACACUGAGCGCGCUCCACAGCCACGCUCUGAGAGGAGACGAUGAGAGGCUCAGAGUGAAGGACGCGCACAGACUCGUACACUAUGAGCAACAGCGAGCUUCCUCCGCCUGCUCUGUUUAUGUGUCGACCAUGUUACGCCAAAAUGAGAUGAAUCGCGGCGCACGAAGGAUGUGAACAGCAAACUGAGGCUCUUUCAAAGUAAGGGACACACGCUGGUGGCAUCAUGUCGCACGUCGGUGGUCACACGGAAUUCCUGCAGGCUGUGGACUCUCCGACAGCGUGGCGGGCUGCUGUGCUGCUGUUGGUGUGCCUGCAGCUGCACCGGCCGAGCCCCGUACACGCUGCCGUCACCUCGUCUCGGGGCUCCUAUCGGGCGGGCGGCUGCAUUUGCGCCGCAGACAUCUUCAGCUGCACCACCCUGACUCUGAGACACGUUCCCGGAGAAAUGCCGGUUUCCACCGUCACCCUGGACCUCAGCCACAACCACAUCACGCAGCUGGAGGACGGCGCCUUCCAAGGACUUCUUCAACUGGAGACGUUACGUUUGGCCCACAACCAGCUGACAGCGAUCAUGCCGGGAGCGUUCAGAAACUCGUCCGGGGCUCAGCUCCGAAACAUGGACCUGUCAUCCAAUCAUCUUUGUGUUCUGGAGGAGCAUUACUUCCAGGAGCUGUCAGGGUUGGAGGAGCUGCUGCUGUUUAAUAACCGGAUCUCGCGGGUGGAGGGCAGACCUCUGGCUGGACUGACAAACUUGCGCAAGGCUUAUCUGAGCCACAACCGCCUCACAGACUUCCCCUUCUUUUCCAUUCAGAAGCACAGCCACCCCCACCUGUCAUUGCUGGACCUGUCCUCAAACCGCCUGUCCAAACUGCCCCUGGAGGACAUUUUGGCCCUGCCCCAUUCGCUGCAGAAGGGGCUCUACCUGCACAACAACUCGCUGUGGUGCGAGUGCCCCAUGUACAGCCUGUUCCGGUCCUGGGAGCAGCAGGAGUUUGAGUCGCUGCUUUUCUUCAGGCAGGAGCACGUCUGUCUGGUUUACGGGAACCCGAGAGGCACUGUGCGCUUCCUCCAGCAUGGACGCUACCUGGAGAAGUGCAACCUGAGUGCCGUGACCCAGAAGAGGAGUGUUACUGUGACGGCGGGGAAAGCGCUGCUGCUGCACUGUGCCACCACUCUCUCCGGCCACGCCAUCACUUUCCUCUGGGUGUCGCCAAGCUUGGAGUCGGUGCUGCCCCCGGGGAAUAAUGGGUCCUUAAAGAUGUUCUCCAACGGCAGCCUGGAGAUCAUGGCGGCACGCGAGAAGGACACCGGGAUCUACUGGUGUCUGGCGGAGGACCGGCAGCAUCACCGCAACGACACAUGGGAGGUCAACGUCACGGUGUUGGCGGAUAGCAACGACCCCCAGGAGCCGUUCAACACGGGCUUCACCACCCUCCUGGGCUGCGUGGUGAGCCUGGUGCUGGUGCUCAUGUACCUCUACCUGACGCCUUGCCGCUGCCCUCCCUGUCUGAAAGCCCCGCCCCCGGCCACGGCCACCCCAAGUCUGGGAAACGAGGCUGGGGCGGGCAGCGCCCAGUCCUCCAUCCUCACCCCCACCCCGCCGGCCAGCACGGAGGGCCCGGGCCGCAAGGUCAGUACCAACAAGCAUGUGGUGUUUCUGGAGCCAAUCAGAGAGCAGCAAAAUGGCAGGCUGAGGGCAGGGCCGGGACACCUGGGGCCAGGGUUACUGCUAGGGGCAGAGCAACAGCCACGGCACAGGGCGGGGGAGACAGACUCCAUUAUGUCUGUCUUCUCAGACACGCCCAUCAUGAUGCCAUAGCAACGCACCACCCCCACUCCCCUCUCACUCCCCCUCACCUCCUCCUCCACCUGAGCACAACUCCGGCAUGGACCCACAGGCCACGGCGAGGCUUUCAUCCAAAACAUCCAAGUGCAAUUUCACAGAUUGAUACUGUUAACCAGAGCAGACGAGCCCGCCGCACCCAACCAGCGCACCGUGACGGGCCGCAGAGUUCAAACCAAAGAUAGCAUGACGGGGGGCGAGGACGGACUGCACCCGAGCGCACGGCUGUCCCUUUAAGCACGGCUUGUACCUUUAACAAACGUUUACGAUGCCUUGUUGUCUCGCUCAGAGGUGAGAGACCUUUUGUAGAGCCUUUCAGCUUCUUUCUGUUCGUAGAGCCAGUCGCACUGUAGCCCUGUCACCGCGUGACGCCACAGAAGAGCAGCUUUUAGCCAGUAAAAAUAGAAACUGCCCCUCCUCCUCGUCUCCCUCCACUCUGGAGUUCAGUUACUGUCAUCAUCAGUCAGAUCACGAAUUAUAGAGAUGAAUAAAUAAAAACAUCAGCUGGAAUGAUUCAUUCAGGGGGCGGGGCCAUUGUUGGAACUUUGUGAAACUUGUUUUGCCUCAGUCAUGUGAUUACCGACAGGCCAAUCAGCACAGACGUGUUUCUGUUAUUGUCCUCACUGUAUUCACUGCUCCUCCUCCUCCUGUGUGUCGUCCUCUCUGCAUCUGUGUUAAUAAACCCGAGUAUCUGCACCGCCCA